AUGAACCGAGGGCAAGCCAUCAUUGCAGUCAAUCUAAGGAAUGGUUUGCUGGAUGUAGCAGAAGUGUUUAGAGCGCACACCUCGCCGGAGGCUAUCCAGUUAGUAGCCAAGCUGCUGGACUAUACCGCAUCGAAGCGACUGCGGCCCCUCGAGGCUUGUCUGCACCCUUUUUUUGACGAACUCCGGCAGGAGGGCGUCGCUCUCCCUGACAAGACUCCUCUCCCUCCACUCUUCAACUUCAGAUCUGAUGGUGAGUCCCUCCACACUUUUGCUCACUACUCUCCCCUUUACCACCUGGUCUGCUGA